GCGCUGUCAUAUCAACAUCUUAAUAAAUUUAAAUUAUCAAAAUCAUAAGUAAUCACCCCCGUUAAACCUCAAUCGCAAAUUCUAAAACUAAAAAACAUUUCCAUCUACGCGCAAUCGCAGUUACAUAACAGAUAAAUCUUCCCUCUCUCAGUAAAAUACCACAAGUACGCAAUCUCCAAGGCAACAUCUCAAAGAAGGGUUUUUUUGUUCCACACCCUCAUCUUUGCAGUCGUGAUCCUCAUCUUCACGAGCCCAAGUCCAGUGCGUCCCUUACUCGAUAAAUAUAAAAAAAAAAAAAAACCAGCCGCCUUAAUUGAUUUUCUUCAGUGUUUUCCCAUGAGUUUCUUCUAGAAAAUUUAUUUAUUCACACGCAUCAAAAAUAACAAAGGAAUAUUCAUUCAUAUCGAUAAAAUAUAUAUUGAUCGCUCUAAAUUACCAUAUUUAGUUCAGUGAUUUCCCUUUGAAUGCGGAAGCUAAUUAACGUUAAUUAUUUUUUACAAUACCCCAGUACAGUUCGUCUACCUCAGCCCUAAAAAAAUGGAUAUUUUAUUUUUUUAACGUGAUUUGCUGCACUUAAGAAAGUGAUAGUGAACUUGACAGCAUAGAUUUAAAUUAACAAGGAAGUUAAUUGAACAUCAUCAAGAUGGAUUUCAAGUUCAACGUAAAUAGACUACUGCCUAGAAAGAUCAACAAGGUCACUCAUACAUUAAUACCAGAGGAUUUUCGCGGCGAUCGACGAGAAUAUAAUGAAUCGCAACGACAGAUCUCAAGGAUUCUUGAUGAUAUGGGUGAGGCAUCGGCAAUGGCCCAAGGAUUAAGUAAACCAAUAACAAGUGCCCUAAAAUUACGUGAUACCGAUCACGUCGUUUAUCUUCUAGUAGAUAACGCCGGAAAUGAAGGCCUUGGCAGCGUCGUGGGAUUACUUAAGACCGGCUCCAAGAACCUUUUCAUGUUCGACGAAGCCGGCGCAUACUUCCAGUUGCAGCCACGUUGCAUUCUUGAUUUUUAUGUUCAUGAAUCUAAACAGCGCAUGGGAUUUGGGAAAGAUUUAUAUGAAUUUAUGUUGGCUGAAGAGAGGAUCCGACCAGUGAAAUUAGCGAUCGAUAGACCGUCAGAUAAAUUUUUGCGUUUUCUGCGCCGACAUUACGGUCUGGAUGAAAUAAUUCCACAGAAUAAUAAAUUCGUCGUCUUUCGUGGAUUUUUUGAUAAUGAAAAUCAAGAGGUCAGUAGCACUAGGUAUAGCUUACCUUCGAGAGGCUCUGUCGAUUAUUCUUACAACAACAACAACAAUAACAAUAAUCAUAGUAACAGUAAACCUUCGUCUGCUUCAAGUAAUGGGCAUUCGAUGACCAAUAAUUCAAACUCAGGACAUUCGAGCGCGCCGAGAAGUUCUUACGGGCGUUAUGCAGCAGCAAGACCUCCUUGUUCAAUGGCUAAUAUAAUACAUAAUGCCCCAGUGUUUGGCCAAGCCGCCGAACGUACCGGUGAUGUCCCGUCAACACCCGGCCCGAAAUUGGAACGUCCACGUUCACUGAGUCUUUACUCAGAGACAGAACAGAAGCAACGUAAUAAUGAAAUGUCUACUGUACCGACACCAGCUGCUGAGCCUCAAUGUACACCAUUUUCUCGUGAAAUUGCACCAGAAGCUGUACGCAAUUACGAUAAUGAACAAUUAGAAGCCCCAACGCCUUAUUCGACACCCAACAGGCGUCCGAUGUCUCAGCGAAUAAAUUCCGGUGAUCGUCCUUUGACGCAAUCGGGAAAUAAUGAACGUCCUAUGACCCAAUCAUCGUCCAAUGAACGUCCUAUGACUCAAGCGUCCAAUGAACGUCCCAUGACACAAUCGUCUAAUGAACGUCCUAUGACUCAAUCGUCCAAUGAACGUCCUAUGACUCAGUCAUCAUCCAAUGAACGUCCUAUGAGUCAUUCAGGAUCUAAUGAACGUCCUAUGACUAAAUCACGAUCUACUGAUCGGUCAAUGACCCAAUCGGCAGCUCCUAGUGGACGUCAGACACCCCAGCCAAUGCCCAAGUCCAAAAACUCGACUCAGAAUUUUAUGUCCGUUCAUUCUGAUGAAAAAACACCUGCGGGUAUAAAGACGACGCCAUCUUGUGCUCAAGAAGUCAAUGGCAAUCAAAAUGGACACUUGGAUCUCAAGUUUUAUCACUCGCCUCUGUGGUAGAUUUAUCAGGACGACGUUUAAAUUAACGAUCAAAGUAACGCGUAGACUAAUUAAUUGAUUAAUUAUUAAACUCGUAACGAAAUUUGGGGAGAAGUUGACCGUGAAAUUGUCAUCGGUUGGUUAUUUUAUUCAGCUAUUAAUAAUUAUUUAAUCAAAUAUUAAAAUAUCAUCAAUUCUGGCUGUGCAGGCUCUUUUUUAAUACUUUACUACUAUUUAAUAUUUUUUUUUCAGCUAAUCAUCAAUUAUCUCAGUAAUUAGUUAAAUAUUUAGCACACGGCACCUUUAGGCGGGGCACUGAUGCUAGUUAUUAUUUUUUAGAAUAGAUUUACAUAUAUAUUGCUUAGAUUAUAUAUUUAUUGAUUAAUUAAUAUAAUAAUAAUGUCAUUAGAACUUAAUUAUAUAUUUAUUUAUUAUAUAUUUGUGUAUUUAUACUUAGAACCAUUGUAUCGAGUACAAAAAGACACUUUAGAUUUAAUGGCAUUUAUCUUAAAUAUUUACUUUAAUAUAUUAAUAAUGAAUAUAUAUAUUUAUUUAAAAUAUAAUAAUAUUUCAGGAAUAAUUCAAGAGCUAUGUUUUGUCUCAGCUAUAAAAACUCGCUAUAAUUUUAUCAAGAUAAAUUCUUUUGCUGAGUAAUGAUUUUGUUUAACAGUUUAUAGAUCUUUUUAUUUAACACGCAAUUGUUAGCUAGUGCAAGUUUUAAUAAUUUAUCAAUCAAAGGUAUAGAGAUGACAAUACAACACGAAAUAAUAUUAAUAUUAAUAAUUUAUGUGUCAAAAUUUACAUUCUUUAUAAUUUAUUAUUUAUAAAAUAAAAUUAUAUAACUUGA